CGACGGCGUCGUGAGUGCUCCUACUCUAGUUUGGUGGUUAGUCAUAUGAUGGACGUCGCACGAAAUUGUCGCGAGUGAGUGGUGUGUGGAUGCAUCCGUGAUUUCUUUCACUGUUAGUGACACACAAAAAAGCGCCGCGCGAUGAGAUGGAUGCAUCCCUCCUGCGGUAGUCCUAAUCCGUUGCAGUCAGAUUCUUUCUAUUGGUGUCGUGCUUGUAUUUCCGUGUAAGGCAUCCCAAUCCUACAGCUCUUCCUCCCUCUGGAAUACACCAUGGAGGAUCAAAUUGUCCUGUGAGAAGAUACACCAUCCCGAUUGAUGGUAUGAGGAGUGCUGAGAGUGCUGCAGAGAAAGUAAGAACGACACAACUAAAGGGUGGGAAAGGAACCGACCGAAUAUAGGCAAAAAGAGAGAGAGAGAAAAAAGAAAAGAAAAUUGUAUCGCUUCCAACACUAAAUUGCAGCUAUUAUCUGCAUUGUGUGAUACAAAAGAAAAGAAGUAACCAAGUGAUUAAAAGAUUGUGCAACGAUAUUCAUUGCAAAAAGGGAGAAUUAAUUCACCACAAGUGCUGCCCGGUCGCGAAUAUUGUCAUCCUCUUGAAUGCAUCCAAACAACGAAGACGAGUAAGAGAAAAUUGUGUUGGAACAAAUUGAUUUUAAGCAACACAGAGAAAAACCACCCGCUCUCCCCUAAAAAAAAAGAAAAUGAUAAUGCUUUUCUCUAUGCAUACCGCAAAUCUAACAAGCACAUCUUUGGCAGAAAAACUUUUUCCACCCCACCAACACUGCAAUAUUGUCGCAUAUUUUGCACAUGAAAUUUUAUGGUUAUUUUUACUAACACCACAUCUUUUGAAAACUCUUUAUGGAUGAUUCUUGUCUCCGCAGUAUCCAGCUAUUUCUCCUAAUGUUUACUAAUACAUUUUCUCACAUCUCUGGCUGUUGACUAUGCUCUGCCUUCAAAUAGCCAAAAAUGGAUAAAAGCAUUGCUAUGCGUCCAAGAAGAAUAUAGCAGAAAAAGGCAAUUAACCCAUUGAAAUGGCUUUCAUAUAUUUUUAGCAAAUAUUGAUGAAGUUCCUCGGCACGAGAAUGGAAACUUUUGUAGCAAUUAAUGGUCGAUAGAUUUGUGCUAUUUGAGAUGUUGAUUUGCUAAAAUCCAAAAAAAGUUUGUGCACAAUGACAAUUUUUCCCGUCCCCAAUUUCAUACGACAUAUAUGUUAUACAAAAGACAAUAGACUAAUUGUUGUUCUUCUUUUGCUCACAAUGUGAUCAUCAGCAUUAUCAUUGCGCGUCAUCAGAGUACUUUAUUCCACCCACUACUGCCGAACCAUACAAGGAAUGAAAAAAAAAACACAUACUUGGCGUCUCUCUGGAGGAGGCUUCUUGUCCUCCUUCUCACAAAUACCCUCCCCAAUGGGUUAGCCCCGUCCCCCUGUCCCGUUGGUCGUGGAAGUAAAUAGAUGAGAACGCGUCACACCAAACUCCUUGUGCAUCAUCCAUAUAUAUAAUACGUACAUAUAGUGUAGGUCCUCAGCAGCGGCAGCAUUAAUGCACAUAUGAAAGGCAGGCAGGGUGGCUUAGUAUUAAAUGAGGGAAUACUGCGGGAUAAAAGAGGUGCAUCAACGGGAUAUUGUAGGAAAAAUGAGGGAGAUGGGGGCAAAGGAAGGGUGUUGGGGGACGAAUUGAGUAUGAGAUGGAAAGUCCCUUUUCUGUGUCACCCACAAAGUUAUCCGCAUGAUUGUGAAUCAAUAUCAUCGUAUGCCACUAGAAUGCAUGAUGACUCCAACAACGGCUAGCUUAAAUAAAUAUAUAUACGAAGGGGGGAUAAGAUAAUACCAUGAAGAAAAUUGUCCUACUGCAGAAUUGACAAAAAUUCCAAACAGGAAAAGAACUUAAGAUGAACUUUUCACCUAAUUGGUACAGAUGAAGUACGAAUGGAAAAAAAAGAAAGAAAUCAGUAUUCCAAUCCGGUCACAAUGCAGUCUAUUUGGGAAAUUUAGGUCAUUUUCCCCCCUAAUUGAAUCAGUUUAAGGCCAAGGAUUAUGAGCAAUUCGCUUUCUUUGACGUAAUGAAUAAAGCUUUCAUUAUAUAUCUUUUCUCAAUCAAUCAAUUUUCAUGUAGUAGAUUAAAUUGAGCUUAAAUAGACUUAAUCAAUUUCCUAUAAUUGUACAUAAUUCAAUUUUGAUUUAUUGAUGAAAUUAUGAAGAAUGUUUCAUCAUACAGAUUUAUUUCAAUAAGAUUUAUUUUGAAAACUUUUCAUAUCUAAACUCAUGUUUUACAAAAGCUCCAGAAAAGCUUCAACUAUACUUGCAGGACUUGGGGCAAAGUACAAAAUCGAAUAAAUGCAAAUCUUGUGAAUUUUAGAUAAAUUAUCAGCUAGUUUUUGGGGUAGGUACUUGGAAAUUGGGUAAAUGAAUGGCAUAUUUACCCAAUUUAGCAGUGUAACACUUUGUGCAGACAUUGGAGUAAGUAGUGGAAAAACUUUGGGAAUCAAUUGCAAAAUCUUCAUCCCCAAAAAGCACCGUAGCUAUAUACAGAUACCAUGGUAAGAGUAAACGAAUCUUCCUCACGUGUCGCAACUUCUGAUACCCCACAAAGCUCUUCCUUUUACUCACCCAGCCCAUACCCCGUAAACAAGGUGUAUAUAUAUAUUCCUUUGCAUCCUCCCCAACAUUUACCCAACCUUUUCCAUAGACCCCCUCGGGAGAAAAGUCUCAAUACACUCGGUCGCUGAGAAAAGAGAGAAUAGGUUUGUGUUAGGUAAAUGGUACCACCGAAGGAAAGCCGUAACAUACAAUAGAGUGAGGUGAAACGCGGGAAUUUCAAUUUUCCCACCUUUUCCCAUGUGUUUCGCUAUCACAUACACGCCAUCCAUGUACAUUUCUAUGUAAAUUGUGUAUAAAUUAUACAUAAACUACAAAACUGGUACAUUUGAAAUCUUGGAAUCAUUUCGAAAAGUUUCACUGUUGAUUUGUUUUUCUAACUGCCUCAUUUGGUUGUAGGUAGGUAUGUAUGUUAGUAUUUUGUUGAAUAACAUUUACGCAGAAACUUUUCCAUGUGAUCACGCGGCAUAGUUUAGCUCGAGGAGAGCAUUUUGCUAUCAUUUUCACCCAAACACACACCCAAACAAUUUUCUCAUUUCAAUCCACCCAUAUAGCUUAUAUUGAGCGGUUGUUGAUGGAUUCCACUGGGAAAUGGAAUGAAUUAAUUGUAACAUGUGACUCUGCUUUUCACCUCGGCUGCUACACCGUCCGACUGCUAUAGCACAGUCCAAAAAACUUUCAGCGGAAAACUAUUUUCACAGGCCCCAAGGUGAAUACUGAGAAAAUUUACUUUACUCCACGAAAGCCACAUGCUUUUCAAUGUUAUACCCCAAAUUAUCCUGAUUGACUGCGACCGUCAAAUUGGGUUGUGCAACUUGUGUGUUAUGUAGGUAGGUAGCAUACCUAACAAUACAAAAAAAAAGGAGAGCAUUUGCGGGGUGGAAAAAGAUGACAAAAUAAACUCCUUUUCGUGAACUACAAAUGUACAUUUUGCAGAACUUGUGUCACUUUUCUCAACUUUUACCCUCCACCACCAUCUCCCAUUUUGUAUACAACACAACAGCAAUUCCCCAUUGGGGUGGACGCUGAUAGCUUGACAAUUGUGUCCAACAAUGUUGCAAAUUAAUUGCUUUCAUCCACCCAAUUUACCAUUCUUCCCUCGCAAUUCCACGGAGCAAACACCACCUGGUGAAAUUUACACUCUCCACCAAUGGGGGGCUUUUUGUGCUCAAAACACACUUCCAGUGGAAAAUUCAACACUGAGCUGCCGUGUCAAGCUGCCGGAGGUGGAGACUGGGUUGUUUAUUUACUCAUUUAAGGAAAAUUCAAAUUUUAUUGGAUUCCCCCCGCACAGCCAAAGGGGGGUAUACAAAUCAAUAAUUACAUAGUGCAGCAACACAAUCAAAACAUACUCCCAUUUUUUUGCGCGCCAUGAAGAAGAAAAAAAGAACCAAAAAGGUAAUCUCAUAGCAUUUUCAAUUUAGGAUAUAUUUUCUUCGCUCACAGGAAAAUCCAUCAAUACCCCCCCGCCUCACAAAUGGAUUCUUUUCAUAAUAUCCGGAAACUAUUCUUCAUUUACACACCUAUCCAAUAAAUACCCAUUCAUGGCAUUUUUGGCUUCUUUUCUGCCAAAGGAGCUUCCUCGAAAAAAUUGCCACAUCAUUGGCUAUUGAAAUUCUAGAUCAAAAGGUUAAAUAGUGGAGUAUCCGAGAAUGAUGUGUGUGAUAUAAGCAAGGAAUUCUCAACAACUACACAAACGCUAUAUAGUCUCUCUCUCUCGGUUAUUUUUAGGAAUUCCAGUUAAAAAAAAUCAAGGGGCGAUUUAUUGCGAAAAUAUAUAUCCCAAUAGGAAUAUUUUUUGAAAAAGCUCUCAAUAUUUUAAGAAUUUUCCAGAUUUUGAUUGAUUGUUAAAUUAAAUUAAAUUUUAUUCUUAAAAUAAAACAUUUUAUUGAAUUAACAUGCCCAUUAUUCGAUUAACCUUUGGAGGAUUUUGUUUACCAAAGAGGCUGAUUCGACUUUUUUUAAUCACCACAGAAUUGAAAUCUUUUUAACAUUUUCUGAUAUAUUCUGCACGUCUAUGUUUAGGGAAGUUCUAUAACUUCAAGAUAGUCGAAAAAAAACAUUUUAUUUUCUGAGAAAAAUAAAGAUCAAAGUUAUGAGGCUAGAAACCUCGAUCCUCCAAAGGUUAAAGAAUCAGGAUAAGAACAAAUAAUAAAAAGUAUUUUGAAAGUAUAAUAAAAUUGUCAUAAAAACUUACUAUUUUACGUAUAUAUAUUUAAAAAUAUUUAUCAGAUUUUCUAAUUAAAAUUGUCAAUCUGUUUGACGGUUUUUUAAUUUUUUUUUUUGAUUCUCUACCACGUUUUUUUUUCAUGACCUAUAUUGGAUUGAAGUUCUUGUUUUAACUUUAAUCGAUUUUUUUUUAUAAAAUUGAAUUUCUUCAAAAUCAAUAAAAUAAAAGUCUCUUCUCAAGCAAUAUUUGGAAGUUUUUCUUCAUACACUAGGGGUCUAAAAACUUUUCCUUUUACCGUACCUAUCUAUUUGAUGUUUGAGAAGAAAAAGAGAAAAAGUUUUAUGCUUUUUCUCUUGCACUUGACGUACACAGUGCAAUCUUGCCAAAUUUACUAAAUACAAUACAUAUGUACAUGUAUGUACGAGCAAAGGGGAUGUUAAAUGGAGUUUUUGGCUUAAUUUCAACGUACUUUGGUAUUGGGAAAUUUUUGAAAAACUCACACGUGCCCCUUAAUUUAAUUUUGUCAUCUCAUUCACUCAUUUUCGGUGGAUAAAACCCAUAUACACAUACCAGUGGAUUUGCUCAUUUCACCAUUUUAACUACUAUUAUAUACUCCAACUGGACCAAAGGGGUCGUAAAUUGUUGAAAUCACGACACUAAUCUCCUGGGCAGCUAAUUGAAAUUUUUGCAAUAAAACCCACUCAUGGGGCGGUCUUUUGUUCAUGGCGACAGGGGUUGACAGAGCAGUGAAAUUUGCCGAUCCCCAUUUCGAGAAUGAAAAUAAAACCAUUAGAGAUUGGCAUCGAAAAGACAUCACAGAUGUAUAUCGCGGUCUUUCAUCGCGAUGUGACAGCAAAUUUCUCAAUUGGACAGAUGAGGAUGAUUUAUGAUGUUAAGAUGAACUCCUGAUAACUUUGUUUUCUAUCAAUCCCCCCCCCGCGCACCUAAAAGACUAUAUUUAGCAAUUAUUGUGUACGAUAUUUAAUGCAAUGUAAUUAUAUUUGAAAUUGAUUAGAGUUUAGUUUUUGAUGGAAAAUUUUUAAAUGGAAUUUUUACUGAAAAAAAAAUGAAUAAUUCAUACGCGAGAUAGUUUAUUAAAUUGAAUUUAUUAUUCUUUUACAUUUCCAUUCUGUAACUUCAUUGAGAGAAUUUUUCAGUUUUUUUUGUUCUUAAAAUAAAACCGAAUGGAAAUACAUUUUUUCUCCAUUUUUAGUGCAUAUAAACAAUAAAAAACGUAUAAUGCAUUUUCACAUCAUCUAGGGAAUAUAAUGCAAAUUUCGAAAGCCACGGUCAUGGGAGUGCUAUUAACCCUUUUCGAGUUGACUUAUACCCUAUACUGAACCAUUACGUAUGACUCGCCAACCAUUUGCUAUACUACAUAUAUACAUAUGUUGUAUACGUGGGGCAGGGAGGGUGGUAGGGGGUAGGCACCAUCACCAAGUGGCAAUAGUGGCGUAUAAGUUGUGUGUCGAAAAUUUCCCCAAUGAAAGUACUCUAGUUUUAGGUGCUUGGUAAAUAACCAUACGUAUGUAUAUAUGUUCUCUUUCUCACCAAUGCUCCAUACAAACCCCUUCCUAUGCCUUUUAAACUAGAGGCCAGCCACCAGAGGAGAGAACAUCGGCAGAGGCCACAUUGGAGUCCAUAUAAAUUGUUGGUUUCACUCUGUGUAUAUGUAUGUACAUGGUGGCUCCCCCUUUUGGCUCCACCGCGUUUUGCUCAUAGAACCCCCUCCCCCCUCUGUACUCUUCAUUGCUCUAGGGGAGUGUGGGUUCUCCGGGGUGUAUGUGGAAAGGCGCAAAAAGAGAGUAGCACAAGACAAAAGUCCCCAUUGUGCAACUCGGUUGGAUUCCGAAAUAUUUAACACACCAAAGACCUAAUGUACAGAAUGCGAAGCACUAAAAUUUCUGCAAUAACCCCACAACCCAGAACAGAUGAGGUGGGUGAGAUGAAAAAAAAAAGAGCGCAAGCCACUGCCCAAAAAAAGACGUGCAAUAAAAUUUGUUUAAAAAAGAAAAAAAAACAGCAAACAUAAUAGUACAAAAAAAAAUGAAAAAAGGAAAACAUUUCCAUGAUCUGUGCCUGUCUUGUGUGAGGAAGUGUAAACACUUCCAUCAUUCACGAUCGAGAUACCGUCAUCAGUGGUGCAGUCAUGAAGAAAUGAACAUAAAUAGUGGAGAAUUUUCUGAAUGUGGUAUCCACUUCUGGGACUCUCUCUGGGGCAUAAAAGGCACAAUCACGUUGUGCACAAUCCACCAUGUCGCUCGUCCUGUCCUGUGUGCGCCACUUUACCCCAACCCCCAACCCAACCCACCCCCCACCUCAUACUCUUUCACAGAGAAAAGCGCUCAUGGCGGCAAAAGAAGAAUGACUUUUCCACUGAGCUAAAGUCGAGGUUAGAGUGGAGAGACCAAAAAAAAAAGACACCCAGAAAUUUACGGGUGGUCGAUGGCAAUUUCGCCUCAUCUUUCAAGGGUAUACGGAAGCAAUGGGGUAAAAGGGGUUGAAGGGAGGGAUGGGGUGAGUAUGGGGACAAAAAAGAUGGCAUGGAGCAAAUUAAAAGGAAGAAAAAAUAUAUUGUACUUCUUAUAAAUGGCGGAGGACACCAUCAAACACUUUAUGCCACUCCACUAAAUGUGCAUUCUGUGCCCAAUUUUGUAAAUACAUAAACCCUCCCGUAUGUAGCCACCAUGAUAUAGAGACGCUUUACAAGAGAAACUAAGGGGUACCAAAAAAGUGUCACAUAGAUGGGUUAAAUUUCGCGUCGGGCAUCACUCUACCGACUGAGCGACCCACGACCCCUGCUGACACCCACCCCACACAUAUCUAUAUAUAGCAAAUACAUAUAAUAAACCCAAACGUUGCCAAUGCCAUUGCAUCGCUCCAAUGUUUGCAUAUAGAUUUAACAUUUUCACAAAGAAUAAUUUAUUAGAAUUAUUCUAUUUAUAUUGAAACUCCACAGAAAUUUCAAAAUGCAUUUUGGUCAUUUUGGCUCCACCACACACACAAAACUAUUGAUUUACUCUUCGGAAAGUUUCCCAAAGAAAACCCCAAAAUUUAAUCAAUAUAGCUACAGAUCAUGUCGCCCCUUGAUUGAUUGAGCAAGAUAGAUUGGUUUUAGUGAAGCGACUCCUUUAAAGUUUUGGAACAAGUCUGGCAAGGAAAAGAACUCUAUCACAGUCGGUGCAGAUAUAUAGAAUGAUUACCAUUCUAGAGAAAUCUAUUUGAGAAUUUUCAUCUUAAUGUAUGGAAUCUUCAUCCAAAUCUAAUACAUAAUAUUAAAUAUAGGUAGCUCUAUAUAUACAUAUAUUCAGACAAAUAUUGACCUACAUAUUUUCAUUCAAUUUAAAUAAAUUAAAGGGGAAUUUGGUUCUACAGUGAUGAUUCGUAUUACGUCUAUUUUUUGUUUUGAAUCAAUAUUGAGACUUUCCUUUUCCCGCAAUGUAGGGAAAUUAGGUUACAUCAAUAAGUUGGUUAACAGCGUAUAAAUCAUCAUACUGACUCAAAUUUUUAACUGAAAAUGACGUAAUUUAGAACAUCACUGGUUUUUAUUAAAAUGAUGAUUUAAUAUUGAUUACUUUUAUUUAUUUUUAUUAAUUAGUUAUCAAUUGAAUGAGUAAUGAAAUAAAAUUUUAAACGUUGUUUAGGUUAUUCGGUUAAUUCGUUUUUAACCCAGAUAUGUCUUUAAUUUAUUUAAAUUUUCACAGUCUGAUUUAAAAAAAUGUCUAGAAUGAAUUAAAAUUAUUGAAAAGCUUAAAGCUUUAAGAUUUUUCGUUGUUUUUUUAGAAGUUUGUGCAACUUCUAUGCAUUCAACUAAAUUUUUCCGAGUGUACUAAAUACAGUAAAAUGGACACAUCUGGGUUAAAAUUACUUAUUAUUCUAACAAAUAUUUUUUUUCCUUUAGAAUAAAAAAAACUCCUUUCAGUCUUUAAAUAAAUAUACUUGUGUGACAAUUACCCGGGAAAAGUGCAAAGACAGAAAAACUAAUAAUUUGUAUGUAGCACGAGGAAAAUAAUUUGUAUUUAAUAUAUAUACAGAACAAAGAAAUAAUUAAUCAGAAAUAUUCUGAAUAUUUGAAACGAAGCAAAAUUAGCUUUGUGACGAUGUAUUUCUCUCUCCCAACAUGAAGAUUAUCUUAUGUGAUUUUUGUUGAUUGGGUAUCUUCUUUCGUAACAUUCUUUGACCACACAAUAAAACAGUAUGAUAUAUAUACGAUUUUUUCACACUUUUUCCGUUUGCAAUGUGUGUCUUCCAAUGAUUUAAAUGUGUGUUCUAUAUGUGUAUAUAUAUUUUCAACUCAUUCUUUUAGGAAUGUGAAAAAUUUUUGCUCUUUUGCAAUAUACUUAUACUGUUGUUGGAUGCCUUGUUCUCUCUAUCCUAUUGUCUCACCCUCUCAGUUGUUAUACUCUUCUUCACUGUCGUACAAAAUUAUGUGUUGUGUCUGUUUCUUUAGUGUUUUUUUCGUGUCUUUCAUUCUAAAUAAAAUAUCAUGAGUGUGUGUGAUCCUCUCUCUCUCACCUCACAUUGGUGGUGCAUAAAAUAUACAAUAAAGUUGGACGAAAAACAAUAGGAAUAGGAGGAAAAAUAAUAAUAAUAAAUACAAAUAUAGAGAUAAUAUAAAGAGAAAAAAGAAAAACAAAGGAGAACAAAACGAACUUUUCCGCAUAAAUGUUUAAAGAACCUGCAGAACCGCGCCGUGGCAGCUUGAAGUCCUUGCAGAGCACUUCAUUGGUGAGUGCGGUAUUGGAGAGUGCAACAUCACCACGAAUCUACCCCCUCGAUCCGACAUCCGUGGAAUUUGUCGAUUUCAAGCAAAGCAUCUCGGGACACCAUCAUCAUCACCAUCACCAUCACCAUCACCGGUACCGAGACGACGUCAGCACUUCCUCAGGCGGACACCAUCAUCCUGGCAGACGAUUCGCGCUUAUGGGCAAGGCCGCAACCGGCCGCCACAGUGAAUUCAAGCACGGCUCAAUCAAUCAGCACAACAGGCAAAGACCAAUUUCGCAGAAAUUAAAAUCACAUCUCACAGAAAGCAUUCCAUCAUACCUCAAGCGGGGUCGUGGGGGUCAAAGGAGAUCCCCGAGUGUGUCAUCCAAUAUGGAAUUUCUCCGCGGCGUCUAUGCCUUCAUGCAAGUGAGUAGAUCUUCGGUGAAUCAUGUGAAAGUGGACUCUGCAGUUUUCCGACUUCACACCAACGCCACUGUAAUUUUGUUAGUCACCUUCUCCAUAGCCGUUACAACGAGGCAGUACGUGGGAAAUCCAAUAGACUGCGUUCACACAAGAGAUAUCCCAGAGGAUGUCCUGAACACAUACUGCUGGAUACACUCAACAUAUACAGUGGCUGAUGCCUUUAACAAGAAACAGGGAUCAGAGGUGCCAUUUCCCGGUGUCGACAACUCACAGUCGCGCGCCAAUGUGACAAUAAAGCACACAAAAUACUAUCAGUGGGUUGCUUUCACGCUUUUCUUCCAGGCUAUCCUGUUUUAUACACCACGAUGGCUUUGGAAAUCGUGGGAGGGUGGCAAAAUACACGCUCUAAUGAUGGACCUAGAUAUUGGGAUCUGCUCAGAAAUUGAGAAGAAGCAGAAGAAGAAGCUCCUUAUCGACUACCUGUGGGACAAUUUGCGUUAUCACAACUGGUGGGCGUAUCGAUACUUCCUCUGCGAACUGUUAGCUCUAAUUAAUGUCAUAGGACAAAUGUUUUUAAUGAACAAAUUCUUCGAUGGAGAAUUUUUAAAAUUUGGCAUAGAGGUGAUAGCUCAUAUGCAAGAAGAUCAGGAGGAUCGUGUAGAUCCCAUGAUCUAUAUCUUUCCACGUAUGACCAAAUGUACAUUUUAUAAAUACGGCAGCGGCGGUGAGGUGGAAAAACACGAUGCAAUUUGCAUAUUACCCUUGAAUGUGGUCAAUGAGAAAAUAUAUAUUUUUCUCUGGUUUUGGUUCAUCAUUCUCACAAUUCUCACCACGCUGACCCUCAUCUAUCGUGUGGUGAUCAUUUUUUCACCCAGAAUGCGUGUUUAUUUACUACGACUACGAUUUAGGUUAGUUCGCCGGGAUGCCAUUGAAACAAUUGUGAGACGCUCAAAGAUGGGCGAUUGGUUCCUUCUGUACAUGUUGGGAGAAAAUAUAGACACACUUAUCUUUCGUGACAUCAUGCAGGAUCUUUCCACGCGUCUUGGUCACAAUCAACACCAUCGAGUGCCCGGCAUCAAGGGUGAGAUCCAGGAUGCGUGAUACUGGGAGUAGCCGUCGCCAUUGCGACGCGCACCUUCAGCAUUCUUCCAUUGCGCGCUGUGUGUAUAGGCACCACAUUCGAUUUCUUAUAUUAUAUAUUAUCUAUAUACCUAUAUAUUGUAUUUAUCGAACUAAACUAUAUAUAUUAUAUACAUAAUCCGAAAUCCCUAUAAGACAUUUAAGACGAUAUAGAGAGGAAUUAAAUUACAUAUAUACAUAUAGCUCGGGAGGGACAGAAAGAAUACAUCAUCAUCUUCUAAGAAAAAAACAAAACCAAAACCUUGCGACGCCAAACAAAUGAAGAAAAAAAAUCCUUUGUACAGUGUUCAUGGAGAUUUAGGAGCCGUGCAGUCACCGCCGUCCAGAAGAGCUCGUCACACUCUGAAUUGACACACACACACACACACACAUUCAAGAAGAAAAUGCAAAAAGAAAGUUUAAGAAAAAAGGGAAAUAAAGUUAAUCAAUUAACAUUCAAUAGGUAAAGAAAAGGAAUCGUAUACAAAAAAAUAUUUGAGAAAUGCAAUUGAUUUAAUAUCAGGAUUCUUCUGCCGUCAAUGUCUUCUAUAAAUCAAUUUAAACUGCCAAUUUAUUCUUAAUAAAUAAAUUGUUGAUUUUUAGUCUUUGAUUGAAAGUUACUGCCACUUUUGAAAAAUAUUCCAAAGUGUUCAUUUUUUUUUUGUAAAAUAUCUUGACGAAUUUCUUACGAUUAUUUUCUUUUAAUUGUUAAAAUUAUCAAGAGAUUAAUCAGUAAAAAAAUAAUUUCUAGAGUUUCCAUAGGACUAUUGAUUAUGAAGUUUAGAAUUUUCUGCAUUAUCUUGUAACUAUAGAGGAGACGAUUGGGUGGAGUUGAUCACCUUUGAUUAGAAAGAGAUAAGGCAACUUUUUUUAAGAGAAAGAAAUCUUAAAUUAUUAAUUCUAAAAAAGUAUUUAACUUGACCCUACUCUCCAGUUCGAGAAAUGCACAGAAUAUUGGUAUUUAACAUCAUAUUCAGGUCAGAACUUAGAAAAAAAAUAUUUCUACUUGGCAGCAAAUAAUCAAAAUUAUAUUUAGUUUCAAAUAAAAUUUUAUUAAAUGUAAUAAAAAAAACUCAAUUCUAUGAAAUUGUAGAAUAAAUUUAAAUAUUAUUUUUCACAAUGAAAUAAUUUUAAUAAAAAAAAUGAUAAUAAAAAUAAUAAAAAAAAAGAUUUAAAUGCUUUUCAAAGUUUGAAAAAAAAACUGAUUUGAUUUACAUUUUCUAACUUAAUAUGUUUUUCUUAUUAUUGAUUUUUUUUUCUAUUUUAUUUAUUUUUUAAUUAAACUUUCUUUUCAUACAAAAACAUUAUUUUUCCUCCAUCUUUCCUAAAGAAAGUUAAAAUAUAUAAAUAAUGCGAUUAGCAUUCUUAGGGAUCACAUAGUUGAAAAAACUGAGAUAUUAUGUAGUCUUAGAAAUUAAAGUGUUCUUUAGUAAAAAGAAAAAAAAAUAAAUAAAUAAAAAUAAAAAUGGUGCGAUAAAAACAUUUAAGUAACUUGUUAAAAAAAUAAAUAAAAAUAAAUCCAAUCAGUUGCAUUUCUCAAAUAUAAUGUAACGUCAAACUAACUCACAAAUGAGUUUAAGAAUACCUACGUUGACACACAAAUCACCAAACACCUCACGAUAUGUUAGUUAAAAUUUAUUGAUAUCAUUUAAGGAAUAAAAAAAAAUAGUUUAAACAAUUACCAAAGUGCAACAACUGCCAUUCAAGAUAUUCAUUAAAAAAAUAUCUUCUAAAUAAAUUAUAAAUAAUAAGAUAAAUUAAAUUGUAUUGUAAUCUAAUAUCAAAAAAAAAAUUAAAGAAAGAAAAAAAGAAAAAUGAAAAGGUGGAAUAAAUUAAUAUUUAAGUAAUGACGAAUCGUAGAAAUUAUUCUUAUUCUUAUAGGUAAAUCAAUUAAUAAAUUAUUUUUACUCUGAUCUCUAUUAGUUUUUUAGUAAAUAUACCAUAAAACUUGCAUUGUAAAUCAAUUUAAGCAGUUACUUGUGUUUUAACUAUAUGUAACUUCCGACGAAGAAGAAAAGUAAACAACAAAAAAAAAUGAAAAACGAUUUAUAUACAUAUUUAUCGUCUCAAUUAUUUAAUCCAUUUUAGAUAAAUGAGCAACAAAACAAUACAAGUUAGCAAAAAGAAAAUAAUGAAAACAAACAAAUGGAAAUAAGAAAGGAAAAUCUGAAGAAAAAAUGGCUAGGAAAACUGCGGUGGAGUGUUCGUAUCGUAGCGCAAGAAAAAAUGAAUCUUAUAGGAACAAUUUUUCGAAGAGAACAACAGAAUAUUUACUCAAGUCAAAGAAUGAAUUCUCAUUGCAAUGUUAUAUUCUUCUUUCACCAAAAGUGCUACUUAACAAAUUGUCAUAAAAAAGGAGGAUAAAAAUGAAAAAAAAAAUCCACAAAACAUGGCUAUAAUGAAGAUAUUUAAAUAUAUAGUUAAUUGCACAUAAUUCGAAAAUUUAUAAUGAAAAAAAAAGAAGCAAUACGAUUUGCAAUGAAUUACCUUCAACAUUAGUUACCUAUUUUAUUGUUUUAUAGGCGAAGAAGAAAACUUAAGAAAAAUGGAGAAAAUAGUACGAUAAUAAGGAAAUGAAAAAAAAAAAUAACUAUUCUAACUAAAUAUAGGACAAGAAAAAAAGUGAGAGAAAAUAAGAAAAUCAAUGCUCGAUUGCAUCCUAAAGACACCAAGAAUGAGAUAAAUAAAAUUAAAGAAAAAAAAAUGAUUUUUUAACAUUAUCAAAUAGACUAGUUAUCACGUAAAAGAAAAUCAAAUAAUUUUUAUAUAAUCCAUAAGGAAAAAUGCACCCUAAAUAAAAAAAAGAAAAGGAACUACCAAAAAAUCCAAAUAAGAAAAUUUACGGAACAAGUUAUACAUACAUAGAAAAUAAUCGAGGAAUUGUUGAGAGGAAAAUUAAUUUUAAGUUGUGUAAAAAAAAGCAGUAAAAAAUAUCUUCCCCUCCUCUACUUCCUAAUUAAAAGAAAAAACUUAAGUAAGAAUGAUGAAAAAUCACCCAAUUUAUCAAAAAUGAAAAUGAAAACCCAACCACUCAAAAAAAAAACACUACACAAUUUCUUAUAUCUUUAUUAUCUCGCCACAUUUAUAAAAGACGUCCUUCGAAGAGAAAAAAUGAUGAAAAGUACUUAAUUAUAAUCAUUAAAUAGAAUGAAUUACCAAUUAUUAUAUAGAUGAAAAAAAAACAAAUAGAUAAUAAAAUUUUUAAAUGACGAUGCGCAACUUGAUUCGAGAUCACACAUUUCAGCAAUAAAUAAAAUGAGAAAAGAAUGAAGAGGAAUAAAUAUUCAAAAUCAUGCCUUUUUGUAAA